AUGGUGCCAUUUGAGACUCUCUAUGGAAGGAAGUGUUGCUCCCCUAUUCAUUGGAGCGAGGUGGGUGAAAGAGUCGCCCUUGGUCCGGAUGUGUUGCAGGAGGCGGAGGAGAAAGUUUGCCUUGCUCGCCAACGGCUCGUGACGGCGCAAACGCCACAGCAAAGUUAUGCUAAUAAGCGCCGAAAAGAUCUUGAGUUCGCGGUUGGAGACCGCGUUUUCUUGAAAGUGUCACCUAUGCGUAGUGUGAAGCAGUUUGGGGUUUUGGGGAAGCUUAGUCCCCGAUUCAUUGGACCAUAUGAGGUCCUAGAACGUGUUGUGGAGUUGCGCGAGGAUAUGACCUAUCAAGAAUUCCUGGUGUGCAUCCUUGCUCGAGAAGUGAAGAAAUUGCGGAAUCGUACAAUUCCGUAUGUAAAGGUUCAGUGGAGCAAUCAUGCAAAGCAUGAAGCCACUUGGGAACUUGAGGAGACGAUGCAAAAGACCUAUCCUCAUCUAUUUGAGUAG